AUGUCAGAGCCUUGUGUCAAAAAGUAUCAUUUAGUCGUCCUAGUCCAUGGACUUUGGGGCCAUGGAGCACAUCUGGAAUACAUCUCCAAAGCACUACAGGAACACUAUGUGAGCAAGUUUGGGCUCCGUAAAGAAGGUGAGUUUACGGAUGAAGAGAUCGUGAUCUAUACCACACACUUAAACGAGGGUUACAAAACUUACGAUGGCAUCGAUGUCUGUGGCGUAAGAGUCGCAAGGGAAAUUGAAGAUCGCAUCGAGCAGUUGGGAGCUGUUACCAAGUUUUCGCUUUGCGGCUAUUCGCUGGGAGGUUUGAUAUCAAGAUACGCUGCCGGUUUACUUCAUCGACGUCAGUUUUUCAAGAAAAAGGAUAUCGAGCUCAUCAACUUCACCACUUUUUGCACGCCGCAUGUGGGCGUUUUGGCGCCGGGCAAAAAUGUGGCUGUUAAUCUCUUCAAUGCAAUUGUGCCCACUGUGCUUGGUAACAGCGGGAAACAAAUGUUUUUGAAGGAUAAAGUCAAACGUGCAAACGGGUUACCGCUAGUGUAUUUGAUGGGAAUGGAGGGGUCUGUAUUUUACAGGGCGCUACAAGAGUUCAGAUACAUCUCAUUAUACGCUAAUGUCAUUAAUGACAAGAGAACUGCUUGGUGGACGUCUGGUAUUUCAAGAAAUGAUCCAUUUUUUGACGUCACCGAACAAAAUGGCAUUCACCGCUUUAGUUACAUCAAGGGUUAUGAACCGAUUGUUCUGGACCAUAUGAAACCUAUUAAAAUCUUUAGAAUUGAGGAUGUGGAAAUAGCUGAUAAAAGUAUUUGUGAAAAGCUUAAGGGAGAGCAUGAGAAAACUCAUGUUGUUAGAGAGAAUGGUUCUAAGGUCGACAGACGUGAGUAUUUUUUCUUCAAAUAUUGGAUUGCCAAGAUUGGAAGAUGGAUCCUUGUCUUUCUCAACCUCGUAUUAAUCGCACCACUAUGGGUUGUGUGGUUUCUCAUAUCCGGAUUUAUGGAAACAGUGAAGUCGACUGUAAGAGUAACGACUUUUUUGAGAAAAUACUCGCAUCAACUUAUACAGGAUUUUUAUGACAUCCCAUUAGAGCCGCUAUCUGAAGCUAGUAGCGACCUGUCCGCAACUUUGACCAACGAAUAUGAGCAGCAUAUUCAGGAGUCCUUGAACGACCAAACCGAUACGUUUAUUGAAAGUCUCUAUGAUGCUAUCGAGAGGAAAAAUACGCUGGCUGCCGCAGUGAGGGAGUCAAGUCCCGAUCUGGAUUUGGUGCCCAACAGUACAUCAGAUGCAAGCGAUUCUAUAACCACUACCAUUAGGGAGCUCGAAACCACUUCAGUGGAUCAUAUUAUUUCAAGAGCUAAAGGCGCCAACCUAAAGAAAUUGCCGCCACUGCAAAAUCUCCGCCUCGCCAUUUCGCCAAGGCAAUUGGAUAUAAUUGACUCUCUCAACAAGCUGGCUUGGCAGAAAUUUCCAAUAUAUAUCCGCAACACUUCAAGCUCGCACGCAUGUGCCAUUGUGCGGCAUGAGGAUCCCAAUUUCGAAGAAGGAAAAGUGGUGGUGAAGCACUGGGUUGAAGAAGUAUUCAAAUUUGAAUGA